AUGGACGACUCCCUAAUGGAAGACUCGGUCUUCGAUGAAGGCGGCAGCUCCGACUUCGCCCCACCCGCAAAGCCAGCGAAGGCCACCAAGGCCGCCGCGAAGCCAAAAGCCGCAGCAACGAAGAAAGCAGCUGGACCUGCGAAACCUCGAGGCCGACCGGCUGGCGCGACCGCAAAGCCCAAGGCCGCUGCGAAGCCGAAAGCCGCACCCAAGAAGAAGGCCAAAGCCGACUCGGACAUGGAUGAGAACUCGGAUGUAGACAUGGACAAGGACCCAGUCGAUGAUGACGAGUCACUCCUCAACGACACACCAGAAAAGCCCAAGAAGGCGCCGGCCGCGAAGAAGUCCAGUGGCAAACCUCUUGCAGACAUCGCGAAUGAGAGCUUUGGCGCAGAUGGCGACGAUGUGCCCAUUUCGGCGCCCAAGAAGGGCGGCGCGAGCAGCAAGUACCAGAUGUUGACGCAUUUGGAGCAUAUCAUGAAGCGCCCUGACACAUACAUUGGCUCUGUAGAGCGACAGACAGACAAGAUGUGGGUGUACAACUCAGAGAGCGAGUCGAUGGAGUUCCGCGACGUAUCUUACGUUCCCGGUCUAUACAAAAUCUUCGACGAAAUUCUCGUCAACGCGGCAGACAACAAGCAGAAUGACAAGAACAUGAGUGAGAUCAGGGUCACGGUUGACCGGGAGUCUGGCGAGAUCUCCAUCAAGAACGACGGCAAGGGAAUCCCAAUCGAGAUUCACAAAGAACACGGCAUAUACGUACCAGAGAUGAUUUUUGGUCACCUUCUCACAUCCUCCAACUACGACGACAACCAGCAAAAGGUCACAGGUGGUCGCAACGGUUACGGAGCAAAGCUUUGUAACGUUUUCAGUACCGAAUUCACGGUCGAGACGGUGGAUUCCAAGCAGAAGAAGAAGUACAGGCAGACUUGGACUGACAACAUGAGCAAAAUGGGCAAGGCCAAGAUCACCGAUAUCAAGGCGGAAGACUACACCAAGGUCAGCUGGAAGGCUGACUACGCUCGGUUCGGAAUGACUGGUAUCGACGAUGAUUUUGAGGCCAUGGUCAAGCGCAGAACCUACGAUAUGGCUGGUACACUACGGGGUAUCAAAGUCUACCUGAACGGUGACCGUAUCAAGAUCUCGUCGUUUGCCAAGUACAUGGAAAUGUAUACCAAGUCGAUUUCGCGCGACCAGGGCAAGAGCGAAGACGACAAGGAGAAGGACGUCAUCAUCACAGACAAGCUAGACCGCUGGGACAUUGGUUUCGCCGUGUCAGACGGUUCUUUCAACCAGGUCUCCUUCGUCAACUCGAUUGCGACGACAUCUGGUGGUACGCACGUCAACCACAUCGCCGACCAGAUUAUCGAAAAGCUCAUGGCCAUUGUUAACAAGAAGAACAAAGCUGCUGUCAAGCUGAAACCAGCGCAGAUUAAGAACCAUCUGUUCUUGUUCGUCAACUGUUCUAUUGUCAACCCGGCCUUCACAUCCCAGACCAAGGAGCAGCUCACGACCAAAGCCAGCCAGUUCGGUAGCAAGCCAGUCCUUAGCGACAAGUUCCUGAACGCCAUCGCGAAGACCGAGGUCAUCCAGAACAUCAUGCACUUUGCCCAGCAAAAGGCCGACCAGAUGAUGAAGAAGACCGACGGCAACAAGCGCAACCGUAUUAGCAACGCAAAGCUCACGGACGCUAACAAGGCAGGAACCAAGGAUGGACACCUCUGCACACUCAUUCUCACUGAAGGUGAGUCGGCCAGUGUACUUGCUUUGGCUGGUCGUGCCGUUGUCAACCAGGAUUUGUUUGGCGUUUUCCCGCUUCGUGGUAAGCUUCUCAAUGUCCGAGAUGCUACUGUGGACCAGAUCAUGAAGAAUGCCGAGAUCCAGAACAUCAAGAAGUUUAUGGGACUUCAACAUAAGAAGGAGUACACGGUAGCGGAUAUGAAGAGCUUGCGAUACGGUCAUCUCAUGAUCAUGACCGAUCAAGAUCACGACGGUAGCCAUAUCAAGGGUCUUCUUAUCAACUUCCUUCAGUGCCAGUUCCCGAGCUUGCUCAAGAUUCCUGGCUUCCUCUUGGAGUUCAUCACUCCUAUCGUCAAAGUCUGGAAGGGCGACCCCAAGAACCCACGCAACAUGCGAAGCUUCUUCUCUAUGCCUGAGUACGAGGAAUGGAAAGAGCAGCACCAGCAUGAGAAGGGAUGGGACCAUAAGUACUACAAGGGAUUGGGUACCAGCGACAUUCCCGAUGCUCAAAUUUACUUCAAAGACCUCGACACGCAUAUGAAGCGCUUCCAGGUCAUGCGUGAUGAGGAGGAGAAACUCAUCGAGCUUGCGUUCUCAAAGAAGAAGGCUGAUGCUCGCAAAGACUGGCUGCGCGACUUUGUGCCUGGCCAGCAUCUCGACCUCACCACCCCAGACAUCUCUUACGAUGACUUCGUGAACAAGGAGCUAAUUCUUUUCUCCAUGGCCGACAACGUGCGAUCGAUUCCCUCCGUUAUCGAUGGUCUGAAGCCCGGCCAGCGCAAGGUGCUGUACACCUGCUUCAGGCGAAACAUCAAGAAGGACGUCAAGGUCGUUGAGCUUGCAGGUUCCGUCUCUGGAUCCACGGACUAUGCCCACGGUGAAGCUUCCAUGCAAGGAACUAUUGUCAAUCUUGCGCAGAACUUUGUCGGUACCAACAAUAUCAACUACCUUGAACCUAGUGGUAACUUCGGUUCCCGUCUCAAGGGUGGUGCCGAUGCUGCCAGCGCCAGGUACAUCUACACACGCCUGUCGCCAUUCGCACGACGUAUCUUCCACGCCCACGAUGACGCACUGCUGAAGUACGGUGAAUCGGAUGGUCACAAGAUCGAGCCUGAGAUGUUCGUUCCAAUCCUGCCCACGAUUCUCAUUAACGGUUCGAGCGGUAUCGGUACUGGUUGGAGUUCGGAAAUUCCCAACUUCAACCCGAUGGACAUUAUUGAGAACAUCAAGCGCCGUAUGGCGCCAGGCGCCACCAAGGAGGACAUGACUCCUAUGGUUCCCUGGUACAAGGGCUUCACUGGCACAACGACAGUGCUCGGUCCCGACCGUUACCAGUUUACCGGAGUUGUCCGACAGACUGGCGACAAUGAGGUUGAGAUUACUGAACUGCCGGUUCGCUACUGGACACAAGACUUCAAGGAGAAACUCGAGGAGAUCAUCAAGGCUGAGAAAGGUCCUUCUUACAUCAAGGACUACAUCGACUACAACACCCCAGACCGCGUUCACUUCAUCAUCAAGAUGGAGGACAAGUACAUGGCGACGGCUCUUGCUAAGGGUCUUGAAGAGAUGUUCAAGCUUUUCAAGCCUCAGUCGACAAGCAAUCUCGUCGCUUUCGAUGCGCAUGGACGCAUUCACAAAUAUGCAAGCGUUCUCGAUAUUAUCGAGGAGUUCUACCACGUCCGUCUGCGAUACUACGAGAAGCGAAAGCAGCAUCAGCUUCAAGUCAUGGAAAAGGAGCAUCUGAAGAUGACGAACCAGGCCAGGUUUAUCCAGAUGAUCAUCGACGGAAAGCUCACCGUUUCAAAGAAGAAGAAGGCUGUGCUUGUUCAAGAGCUCAAGAAACUUGGCUUCACACCCUUCCCCAAGGUUGAAGAUGCCAAGGCCGCUGGCGAGGUCGAGGAUGUCCAGGAAGACGAUGAAUCAGAGGAGACUGAGGCGGAGGUGUCCGCCAAUGACUACGAUUACCUGCUAGGUAUGGCCAUUUGGUCACUUACUCAGGAGCGCGUCGAGAAGCUUUUGAAGCAGAUCGGCGAGAAGCAACACGAAAUUGACACCCUCAUCAAACUCUCGCCCAAGGACAUCUGGAAGGUUGAUCUUGACGCCUUUAUGGAAGAAUGGGAUGUUCAACUGCAGGAAGAGGUCAAACGUAAGAAGAAGAUUGCUGCUGUCACUCGUCGCCCGUCCCAGAAGCUGGGUAUCGGUGCAGGCAAGGGUAAGGGAAAGAAGAAGAGAAAGGCGGAUGGAAGUGACUCAGACGACUCUGGAUCCGACUUUGGCCCGGUUAAGAAGAAGGCAAAGCCAAAGAAGGAGGGAUUGCUCAGCUAUCUUCAGCAAGAACCAGCCAAGAAACCUACUGCAGCGGAAGCUCUCAAGAGCAGUAGCGCAUUUGGGUCAUCUGCGCCGCAAAAGCAAGGCACUUUGCUCGCACAUCUAGUCAAGAAGAAGGAGGAGACUCCGCAGACUGAGGGGGGAGAGGAUGGCAGAUCAGCUUCUGCAGAUUCAGUGCCAGCACCAGCACCAGCCAAACGUGGCCGCCCAGCUGCUGCGAAGGCUAUCAAGAAGGACCCAAUCUCGGACGAUGAAGACUCGGAUGUUUUCGCUGUAGUCGCUCAGGAGGCCGCGAAGGAGCCCUCGAAGACGGCUGCCUCUCGCACUGCUCGCAGCGCAAAGAAGGCGGCCCCCAAGUACAACCUCGGCAGCGACUCCGAUGAUGAUGAUGACGAUGACCUUCUCGGCGAUGUUAGCACUAUGGUCAAGACUAUCGGAUCCGGUACUAGUGGAGUCCCAAUGUUCAAGGCAACCACUACCGCCCGCCCCGCUCCUGUCACGAAGAAGAACAGCAUUAUCGAAAUCGACGGCGAUACCACGAAUUACGAAGGCCUGAUGCCUCAGUCUUCGCCACAACGCCCUCCUCCCCGCAACAUCCACGACACAAUUAUGAGCUCUGACGAAGAUGACUUCGAUCUCGGCGCAAAGAAGCCUGUCGCUAGCAGGCUAAACGCAAAGCCCGCUGCGAAGCCCAAAGUUGCGGCUGCUAAACCAGCACCUAAACCUAAGACCGUCACGAAGAAGCCCACUGCACAGAGUCCUGCAGCGAAGGCUUAUGCGAAGAAGCACGGCAAAGACGCGGAGGCCGCUAAGCCUGCAGCCAAGACUAAGAAGCAAACCACCAUCGACUCUGAUGAGGAUGAGGAGAUGGAAGAUGCCGACGCCAUCGCGAACGACAUCUUAUCUGAUGAAGACGAGGACGAGCCAACUCCUAAACCAGCUGCUCGUGCACCUGCUGCUCGACCUGGUCGAAGGGCUGCUGCCAAGCCAGCGAAGUAUGUGGUUAGCGAUGAUGAGGCGGAGUCAGAUGAGGCUUCUGAACCUAGCUUCGAUGAUGACGACGAUAGCGAGUAG